CUUGCAUGUUGGUUAGCACCAGAGUUGUAAGCUAUUCUUGUUUCUGAUUUAUUCAUCUCUUCUUCUUUACAUGAUUUUAUUCGCUAGCAAAUUAACAAAUGAUUGAUGUACAUUAUUCUCUUGCGCCUGGGCUUCUCGCCAAGUAUGGUGGAGCGAUUUCCGAAAAAUGUCUGUAGAGCUGAAACAUCAACGUAAACUUUUCCGAGAAUUGGAGCCAACUGUUGUUAUAGCAGUCUGACAUUUCACCAGUUAACUGCUUAGUCCUCGCUUCAGCAAAUGCGACGAAAAAUUGAUCGAUUUGUUCUGAUUUAUAUGACAAAGAAAAAUCUUUGACUUGCAGUUGCCUUCCUUGAAGCACGUAUGCCCGCUUAAGAUCUUUGACUUUUAUCUCCAUUUUUUCUCAUGUCUACAGAGACUUUAAGACUUCUCUUGCCCAUUAGCGUGGUAGCAGCGACUCUUUCAGUCUUCAUAGCCGUCCUUGUCAUCCGAUGUUAUUUAAGAUGGAAGAGGCAACACAAGAAAGAGCAGAUUUUUGCAGAAGGACCCGUACCUAAGCUGGUACUGUCUUCCCAGCCUGUGGAUUUUCUAGUUCCGCUUUUGAUUCAAGACAGACUGGAAGAGGAGGAAGAAGUAGAUCAGUUUGAUAUUCACUAUUCUGUUAGUGGAGCAUCCAGCGAGGACAUUGGUCACGAGCCCGAAAAGAGUCAAACUGGUGGUAAGGCAUGAUUAAGUUUAUCACUUCCAAGAUCGAAAAGGUCAUUCUCCCCUUUUUCUUUGUUAGCUAGAGCAGAGAAUCUGGUAUUUUAUGGCAAGACUAAGGCCAUAAUUAGUAAUCAUCCUUAUUCUCUUUACAUGUCUGCUUCACAGUGUUUUUAAAUCGCAAAGAGAAUCUAAAAAGAGGUCACUCUUGGAGGCAAAUAGCUUAAGGAGUUGUAACAGUGGUUUCUCCAUCAAAGAUCUACCAUAACCAAAUGGUGUUUAAUUCAAGUUUAACGGCUUUCCUUUGUAAUCCGUUUCAAUUUCCUCUCGCGUCCUUCUCCACACACGUUGUGUUUUGGUUUAUUCUAAACACUUUAAUGCCUGCUCUAUCUAUUCUAUUUAUUCGAUGUAUUCACCGAAGCCGUUCCUUAAAGCAUGGGUCAUGCAAGUCAACUGGAUGUCACGCAUGUCUGUGUUGUGUGACAAAACAUAGAAUGCUGCCAAGGAUACUAACAUAGAGUUAACCAAUGAUUACGUUUUAUGGUGUUCUAUUUUUUCAACGAAAAGUUAUAUAAUUUGGAAGUUAGAAUAUUGGCGGUGACCAAGAUACUUCGCGAGUUGGUGAAUGGAUGUUCUUCCCUUUUUUCCAUUACAUCGUGAUUUAAUCUUUACAACCCACAACAACAGUCAUCGCUGAGGUUGUCAGUGUAAGAAAAAGACCUUUUGAAAAAGAAAACAGCACUGCAAAAACUGAGUUGCAAUUCAGACCCGUGAUUAUAAAAGGGAUUUUAUUAUGAGACCCUUUUGUUCAUCACCAUGUUCAUAACAUGUUGUAUUCUCAGCUUGAAUAUCUGGCAUUUUCAUUAAUAAGCUCUGUUCUAGAGAAAACCAUCUUAAACCCAAUUUCCUUCUUUAGAGCGCAAAGUCCGUCCUCCGCUUCCGAGAUUACACUCUGAGGCCAGUGUUUUGGACAGAAAUGGUCAGCGGGUUAACUUACGUUGUCAUGCACCUCGCAGCACCAAGAGAGGAGAAUCCCUUUUCUUCGACGAUGGCGCCGAGAGUUUUCAUUCAAGUGGUAAGAAACCCAAGGCUUUAAUAGCGAACAAAUAUCUAGCUGUUUCAAAAUACCCCACAUUUCUGAGUUGCUUUUAUUUUAAUUUGCAACAAAUGGAUUAUCUCCUCUAUCAAUACCAUCUAGAUCUGAAUCAAUAAUUAUCUUUACUCUUGCAUAAUAAAUUGAUAAUUUUCGUUGGGCCCUCAAUAGAAGGGUAGCUCGAGGAAUGUAGUGACAUAUUCUGAUGUUUUCCUUCCACAGAUGAAUCAUUGCUGCCGAGGUGUUCCUCCGUCGGCCCUCAACCCAGACCUCUUCGUAGAGGAUCUCGCGCAGAUAGCCUCAAAAGUUUGUCUCGAGAAUCACUUUCAGAGGAGUCAUCGUUACCAGAUCCCACUCCGCACAUGCUCAAAUCAUUGGUGUCUUCUAUAAAUACUACUUUACCCAAGUCAAAGCUGACAAAGCAAAGGAGGAAAAGUGCGAAUGAAGUCUCUUACACCGGCACCAGGCGAUCUAGGAGAAAUUCUCAAGUAUCGCGAAAACGCGGCAAGAUCACCUUAAAAAUGACAUUUGCUGAAGAUCUUCGCAGUCUCGAAGUUCAUUUAAUUAACGCCACAGAGCUACCACUCAGACAUGGCCGCAUGUUGGAUGUCUUUGCGCGGCUUUCACUCAAGACGCCGUCAAAACGCCGCGGCGAACGACUUCAAAGCAAAUUACUUAAGAAGACCUGUAACCCUAUAUUCGAUGAACGAUUCGUCUUCAAAAAUCUUCAUUUGGCCGAGUUGAAGAAAGGACGUUUGAAGAUCAGGCUCUUUGAUCGCCAUGGCGUAUCGAGAUACGAACCGAUCGGAGAAACAGUAUUUUCUUUAUGCGACGAAAGUAUCAUGCGCGGAGACAAGUUGUGUCGAGACCUGUCGCCUCAGGUAAGUGUGGUCCGCAAUGUGUGCUAAGAAUCAUUAUCCAAGAUAUGUACCGCAACUGGAAUUGGUGGCAGUAGAUUAUAUGAAUCAAAUUUAGCUACAAAUAGUACUGUUAUGAAUCUGAGUAGCAGCUUAAAGAAUAACAGAGAGUGUCAAUCUUAGCCUGCUCAUUUCCAGCAACGCGAAAAUACUUAGAAUUUACCCAAUGUGCAGUAUCACAAUCAGGGACCUCUUCACAUCGAUUAACUUAAGGAACUAUAAGGUAUGUGGUAGUUGUAGAAAGGUGGCCGUCAUACAGAGCUAAGGUGAAUACAAGUACGGUCCGUCGGGAUUAAAAUAAAUGGCGGUGACCAUUGAGUGGAGUUAUCCGAUAGUAUAUUAGUUUCUUCUUUCAAAAGUGAAAAUAUUUUCUUUUGUUGCUUUCAGUUCGUUGGUGAGCUCCAGUUCUCUCUCUGCCAUGAAGCCACAUCUUCUCAUCUGAAGGUCAUCAUAAUGAGGUUGAAAGAUCUUCCAAAGUCCGUGAAAAGUAAGAAAGUAUUUAAAACCAUACAGUGCUCUUAUACCAUUAGCGCAAUAUUGCUCUUUAGGGUGUGGCUGACAUUCCAUACAAGGCAACAAGCUCAAGCAGAAACAGGAGGAACACAUUGGCACAAGCGAUGAAAAAUUAACCAUUCUAGUCGUAUAUAACACAAAAUCAUUAUUUAACAGAUACAUGAUCAAUGCGUCACAGCUUCGAUGUAUGUUGUUUGCGCUUCUGCUUUUGUCUCACGCAUCAAUCAACUCUUCAAGUGCAGGGUAGUUAUGAUGAGCUUACUAUUGGCCCAUUGAAAUGCAGAUACAAUGGUGCUGAUUUUAGCGUCGGCUUAAGUUAUUUGGGGGCAUAGGGUCUCUUUUCAUCCGUAUUUACGAACGAUUUCCGGUCCAUCUAGAUUCACAAGUAAAUUGACUAAGAUUAAGCACGGUUAAUCUGAAGGGAUAACAUAGCGAAUACGAAUACUCCCAAAACAUUUUUUACUACAAAAAUUAGUCUAGAAACUCUAACGUGAUGACAUUCUUGAUAUGUUUUUACAUAUAACAGAGGGACAAACCUGUAUAGAUUGUACUUCUCUAAUUUCAGUUUUUUUCUCUUUCUUAAAGAUCCUUCCGUCGCUGUGGAACUCACGCACAAUCGCAAAGAGGAAGUCAUUCAGAAACAUCAGACUAAAGCUGGGAAGAAAGACCUAACCAUUAACGAAGAAUUCAGUUUUGAAGUUGCUACAAAUAGCUCUUGCACUCUUGAAAACUUUGGCGUUCAGUUCACUGUUUUUCAACACGAAUUUAUGCACAGGAACGAGGUCAUUGGUCACGUGCGGCUGGGUCUGGACGCGCCAUUUCCGUCUGAGAUAAACCAUUGGAAAGCAGUCACGCUAUCUCCUCAUAAACCCAUACAAGGCUGGCAUAAGCUUCAUGGACCUCUAUGAAUGAUAACUUGCUUAGGGAUAAUCAUAAUAAUUUGUAAUGAAAAAUGACUUUGUACCAGGGAAGGAUCCAGGAAUUUCUGUAAGAGGGUCCCAAUGGGGUAAUAGCUUUUACGGCUAACGGUUACAAUUUUGGCCAUUUUACGGCUAAAGGUUCAUUCCUUUCGAUCGUGAUCAAAAUAAUAAAUUUUUACAGUUAUUUUUUACGCCUAACUGCUAAAUAUUUUUUUCCAUUUUACGGUUAAUCACUUUGAGACCCUCUCCCGAGCGGGGGGCAAAAAACUUUAAUUCAAAAAACACAGAAUAUUUCUAUGGGGGGGGGGUCUGAACCCCUUACACCCUCCCUGUGGAUUGGCUGCUGUAUAUGGGUGAACAAAUUACCAGGAACCUGGGUAGUUCUUAUUGCGACCCGCAGAGUAUAAAAACACUGACGAUCAGUUCGGCAUGGAGUGGUUCAGAAGAUUUCUUACUAGUAGGAGGGUAACUAGUAAACUAUGUACAAAGUGCAGCCGAGGUGUUUUAAAAACCGGGCCACCGACUGGCAGGGCGGAGGGCUUGAAUCCGCAGGCCAGCAUUUAGGGGGGAGGGGUGAGUCAAAAGAAAGAGAAACGAUAAUUCUAACGCAUAAGUUAAAAGAGAGAUUUAUGGAAAAACGUUU